CAGGAAUGCAAUUGGGCACUCCAGCAGACCUGGAGUCUCCCUGCCAGAUAUAUAAAUUUGAGUGGGAUGAGGGGGCUGUGGCCUUUUUCCUGUCAGUGGAGCUCAACUGGUGCUGUUCACGAUGUCCAAAGCUGCCCCCAAGAAGGCUGCAGCCCCUCCCCCACCGGGAUUCACUCUGGACAUUAAUGACCCUCAAGUGCAGAAUGCUGCCAUCCGCAUCCAAGCCUCCUAUCGUGGGCACAGGUCCCGCAAGGAGCUGAAAGAGAAGGGCCCACCACGGGUGCUGCAGAACCUCAAGGACGUGGUGCUGAUCGAAGGGAGCGCAGCCAAGCUGGAAUGCCGCAUCAGUGCCUUCCCAGACCCCUUCAUUCGCUGGUUGAAAGAUGGCGUGGAACUCAAGGAUGGCCCCAAGUACCGCUAUGUCUUUGAGGACCCUGACAUUGUCGCCCUGGUGGUGCGUGACGGCGGCCUUCCCGACUUGGGCAAGUACACCAUCACUGUGAAGAACCCCUUUGGAGAGUGCUCCGACUCAGCACGCCUCCUAAUAGAAGUGCCUGCCAAGAUUAAAAAAGGCCCAGAUAGCACCAAGGCCAAGAAAGGCACCACUGUAAACCUGACCGCCCUGAUCAGUGGGGAGCCAGCACCUGAUGUCGGCUGGGCCAAAGACGGCGAGGAUAUUGAAGAGGAUGAUCGGUUGUACUACAAUAUUGGCAGUGAUUCAACCACUCUCACUAUCAAAAAGGUGACGCCGGCUGAUGCUGGGAAAUACGAGGUCUUUGUGGAGAACAGUCUGGGCAUGGACCAGUCCUUUGCACGCCUGGAUGUGAUUUGAGCCCCAGCUUUCCAUCUACACAGUCCCUUCCCUACCCCAACUUCUCUCCAUCCUUGCCAAGUAUGAUCCAGAAGGUUGUGCUGCCUGGCUGAGGGAACAAGCUAGGCAAAGAGAAGCGAAUCCCUCUUCUAGUGGUGCUACUAGGAUAUCUUCUUGUCUCCUGAAGAUGCAUGGGAACUUCUGUUUUCUCUUCCUGUGUCUCUGGCUCUCCUGUCAAUGUCAUACGGCUUCACAGUGACAGCACAACAUCUUUCCUCGCUUGAUUUGAUGGCAGAAAUUCCCCUUCCUACCCACCCUGCUUAGGGCAGAUAUGUGGGGGGACAUGCAGCUUUCUGGAUCUUGUCAGUCUGUGACUCCCAUCACUUCCCAUAACUGACUGUGCUGGAUAGGCCAGAUGGGAGUUGCAGUCUUACAACAUCUCAAGGGCCAGACUUUGGUCUGGGGUAUGUAAAUCGGGGAGCUGAAAUCCCCAACACCUCAGAGUGAGUAAAGCAUGCCAGGAGCCUCCAGACUCUUUCUAAUCUGUUUUCUUGCUUUAUGAAACUCAAUAAAGCCAAUUGAUUAUACAAA